CCUGCUGGAGAGAAAAAAAUCCUCUUUGAUCCGAUCUGGGACGUGGCAGCUCGCCUGAGGUUUGGGAGACGGUCUGGGUAUCUAUCGCUGCAGAAUUCAGAGGCAUGGCUCUUCGGCUGUUGCUGUUUACACUGGCGCUGGUUUCAACAAGCCAUUCCUUCCCUACAAGCUCGGCUCCACCAGGAAGACCACAGAUCAUUAAAUGCAGAUCACCAGAAAUGGAAACAUUUUCAUGCUUUUGGAGUAUCGGCGAUCUUCCUCAUUUCACUGCUCCAGAAGCAAUACGACUGCUGUAUUCAAAAAGGCAGAGUGAAUGGGAAGAGUGGAAAGAAUGUCCUGAUUAUAUAACUGCUGGCGAAAACAGCUGUUACUUCAACACAACCUACACCUCCGUUUGGGUUCCAUACUGCAUCAAGCUCGUGGACAGAAACCAGACAUUUGAUGAAACAUGUUUCCGUGUGGAGGAUAUGGUAAUACCGGAUCCUCCUGUUGGACUCAACUGGACUGUGCUAAACACUAGCCCAAUAGGCAUGUUUACAGAUAUUCAAGUCACCUGGAAGCCUCCGCCCUCCGCAGAUGUCCAGAAUGGAUGGAUCACACUCCAUUACCAGCUUCAGUACAAGGAUGUCAAUGAGACUAAAUGGAAAGUGCUGGAGCCAAAGCGUGCCACAACAGUUCCAGUGUACGCUUUGAAGACAUGCCGUGACUAUGAGAUACGCGUCCGAGCACAAGGAGUGCCUGAAAUUUAUGGGGAGUUCAGUGAAGUGCUUUAUGUGUCUUUUGGUUCAGCGGGACUGGUGCCAUGUGAGGAAGAGUUCCAAAUCCCUUGGCCUUUGGUGAUGGCCUUCGGAAUACUUGGCUUGAUGGUGAUGUUAUCCCUGGUCCUCUUCUCCAAACAACAGAAGUUAAAGAUACUGAUUCUUCCUCCUGUUCCAGUGCCCAAAAUUAAAGGGAUUGAUCCUGACCUCUUAAAGAAAGGAAAACUCGAUGAAGUCAACUCCAUCUUAGCCAGUCAUGGUAGCUACAUGCCACAGCUGUAUGGAAAUGACUCUUGGGUGGAAUUCAUUGAGCUGGACAUCGAUGAGGCAGAAGCCAGGACCGAAGGAUCGGACACUGACAGGCUCCUUGGGGAUGACCGCUUGAAGUCUCAGGGCUGCCUUGCCGUGAGGGACGAUGAUUCUGGUCGGGCCAGCUGCUGUGAACCUGAUAUUCCAGAGACUGACUUUAGUGUGAGUGACACAUGCGAUGGCACAUCAGAUAUUGAGCAGUCCAAGAAAGCCAAUGACAAGGAUCUCAUGUGCCUUGAUCAAAAGGACAAUGAGAAGCCAACGUCAAGCCUUGAGGACACUCACCGGCUGCCUGAGAAUCCAGCCAAAGGCAAGCAACCCAAAGCCCGCCAUGCUGCCAUGGACAAUACUGAGACAACCAACCAGCCUAUCCAAAGCCAGCUAAGCAAUCAGAGUUCAGUGGUAAACAUUGACUUUUACACACAGGUCAGUGACAUUACACCAGGAGGAAGUGUUGUGCUCUCUCCAGGGAAAAAAAUUAAGAUGAGGAAAGCCCAGAAUGAGAGUCAGAAAGAGCCAGCUGCACAAUGUCAACCAAGUUUUGCCAUGGACAGUGCCUAUUUCUGUGAAUUGGAUGUGAAAAAUUGUGUCACUGUGAUGCCUCCCAAAGAGGCUGAGCCAGAAGUUCAAGACCAGAGCAUUUCUGAGGAUGCUUACUUUGCCACCGAGAGCCUUACCCCUAGUGCUGUGAAUCCUGCGACAGCAGUGGCAGAAAAAGAAGAACUUGAAAGUUCAGAGACACCUGUGGCGGACUAUACCUCCAUUCAUGUAGUGCAGUCUCCGGAGGGCCUUGUGCUAAGUGCUACAGCUCUCCCUGUGCCAGACAAGGAGUUCAAUGCAUCAUGCGGUUAUGUGAGCACAGACCAACUUAACAAAAUCCUGCCAUAGCUUUCUUUUUCUUUGACUGCGUGGAAAAUUACAUCAACUCCCACUCUCAAAUCCACACCCCAAGGUUCCAGAGCACCGGUGGAGCUUCAAGAACAGGAGCUUCCUGAUUUACUUUAGUGUCAUAUUUGCAGACCACUUACCAACACUUAAUAUGAAUGGAGACAUUCAUGCUCAUGUGGAGUUCUGUGUAUAUAUUGGAGUGCUUGCAUGUUCACUUGGAGCUUUUCGGUUGGGAUGUAAAUGGCUUGGGUGUGUAUAUGCUUAACCAAAACAAAUGUGUUCAGUAUUUGUCAGUGGGUGGUGUUAAAUCCCUUCCACUUUGACCUGGAGUGUUGAAUCAAUCACAGUAUUGUUGUUGUUUUUUGUAAAUAUUGUCUUAUGAAGCUUUGCUAAGGCUGGUUGAGUGGUAGUGACUGUCUUUUGUU